AUGCUAUCUACAUCAGAGCCCAUCAACCUUCCCUCAACCAAGACGGGGACCGAUACCGACUGUCAAUACAACUUCAAGACAGAUGCCUCCAACCUGAUACAGAACUACACGCUGGCCAGUUUGUACGAGAGGAACGCAGAGGCCCUCGGGGUGACGAACUGUCCGGACAAGUCCGUAACGGGCGCCAUUUCCGGCUCGACGGACAUGGGAAACGUCACGCAUGUUGUACCCGGUAUCCACCCGAUGUUCGCUCUACCGACAGAUGCUUCCAUUCACUCACGCCACUUUACUGAGGAAGCUGGUAAGCGAGAGGCCCAGCCCUACGCCCUGAACCAGGCUAAGGCCCUGGCCAUGACGGCCAUCGAUGUCAUCUGUCAAUCACAGCUGAUGGACACCAUCAGGGAGGAGUUUAAACAAGACUUGGUCAAUGAUUAG